AUGGUCUAUGGGGUCGUCUCUUUGCUGCUGACCAGCAGCAGCAGCAGCAGCAGCAGCAGCAGCAGCAAGAGCAGCAGCAGCAAGAUCAGCAGUAGUAGUAGGAGUAGUAGUACUACGCAGCAGACAGCAGCAGCACGCGACCGCUCUGGUCCAGCGGCUCUGAGGUGUACAUACACCGCAGAAGGAGCAGCAGCAGCAAAACCCUUAUCUCCCGUGCUGCAGCAGCAGCAACAGCAGCAGCAGCAGCAGCAGCAGAAGGUAGAUCGAGCUGCCUAUACACCUGAAAUAAUGGGGGUUGGCAGCAGCACAUUAGGGGAGACGAUCCUCUUCCCUGCUCCUGAAUGCUCUUACGACGAUUCUUUGCCGGGUUUAUUAUGGAUACCUGAGGACUUCGGCAGCAGCAGCUUUAAUGCUGCAGUGCAGCAGCAGCAGCAGCAGCAGCAGCAGCAGCAGCAGCAACAGCAGCAGCAGCAGCAGGCUCGGGAGAGUAGUCCUACAGGAUCUGUGGAGUCACCUGACGGACAGCAGCAGCAGCAGCAGCAGCAGCAGCAGCGGGAGGGUGUAAUUCAUGUGAUUUAG